CCACCGGAGUGGGCAGCCCCCAUGGGGCCGGGAGGCCUGCUGCUGGCUGCGGCGCUCCAGGGGGCUGGAGGGAGCCUUCGGGGGGGCGGCGGCAGCAGCAGCAGCAGGGCCGAAGAGACCGGCGGCUUCUCUGGGCCAGGCCGCCGGAGCAGACGCGGGCAGGCAGGGGGCGCCGCUGGGCCGCGGCUGGCCUGCCGCCGACUCGAGUGGGCCGCUCCGCCCCCCGGCUUCUCCCUCCUCCGCCGCGCGGCCGCCCGUCUGCUGCUGCUGCUGCCUCGCACUCGCACCGAAAACUCGGCCAUGUGGGGAAGGGAGGCCGGAGGGGCCGCGGCGGGGACGCCAGGACGGCGACGGGCAGCCGAGCAGGAGGAGGCGGAGGCGGCGGCGGCGGCAGUGCUGGCGGCCCCCGCGGCCAUCGAGCUCCCCGCUGAGGAGGAGGAGGGGAGGCCGGAGCCGCAGUGGGACGAAUCUGAUUGGCCAGCCGAGUGUCGAGUUUCCAAUGGGUCACAAAGGUUAAGGAACAUCACUUCCUCAGUUGCCAACCAGCUCCUGCUUGUUUCUCUUCUAGAACAUCUUUGUCAUGUGUAUGCCCAAGACCCUACACGCGCAAGGCGUUUGUUUGAAUAUGCUGGAAGCAACACAACUCUACACCACAUUCCAGUGUAUUAUACAUAUACUAGACUACAGAAAGAACUGCUAAAUAAAGUACUGGGUAAGACGUUUACUCGGAUGCGCUUGCUUUCCCCUUUUGCCUUCCGCGAUGAAUUCAGUAGUUUGAGGCUGCAGCACAAUCGGGCCAUUACUGAAUUAAUGAAAGCAGCUAACCAACAAAUACGCAGUGGGGAGCUUGGAAAUGGUGAUUCUUAUGCUAACAGGGAAAACCAAGUCCUCUUUGAAGCACAAACAUCUCGCUAUAUCAAUGAAUUUGAUGAGGUCUCCCAGCUUGGAAAAGGAGGAUACGGAACAGUAUUCAAGGUCAGAAACAAACUAGAUGGUCAGUUCUAUGCGAUUAAAAAAAUUCUGAUUAGAAAGGCUACCAAAAGAGACUGCAUGAAGGUCUUGCGAGAAGUUAAAGUGCUGGCUGGGCUGCAGCACCCAAAUAUUGUAGGCUAUCACACCGCUUGGAUGGAGCAUGUUCAACCAGCAUGCCCAAAAGGUGAGACAGUCUUGCAGCUGCCAUCUCUCAAAAUGUCUUCUUUGCAAGAAAGUACCGAAGAUCAGUCCUCGGAUCAAGAUAUGGAAGACAGCAGUUCCAUUAUCUUUGCUGACCUUGCUCCCGAAGGUUCCAUGGACCAAGAUGGUGAAGGAAAUGAUAUGGACGCCUGUGAGCUACCUGAUGAAUUCCACCAAAGCAGCGGCACAGAUGGGAAUGCCAGUGGACACACUGGAAACCCACCAUCAGUUGUGCAGUGUGGCAGUCAGGGGAGACCCCGCCUCAACACAAGCAGUGCCUACAGUGAGGAAGAAUGCUCCCAGAAGGGGAUAUGCCUGCAGACACCGUGCGAGAUGGAGUACCGUCUGAUGCUCCACAUACAGAUGCAGCUGUGUGAAAUCUCGUUGUGGGACUGGAUUGCUGAGAGGAAUGAAAGACUGAGAACAGAGAAAAACCCCAGUCCUUAUCACCAUGUAGACAUUACUGGGACACUAAAAAUCUUCCAAGAGCUACUAGAAGGAGUGUAUUAUAUCCACAGUAUGGGAGUCAUGCACCGAGACAUUAAGCCCAGAAAUAUCUUCCUACAAGGAUCUGGCCAUCAUGUGAGAAUUGGAGACUUUGGCCUGGCCUGCAGAGAUAUUAUAACGGAAGCUACAAGCCAGUUGCGGAGUACAAAAAAGAGAAAUGAACUCAUACAUACUUCUGGGGUGGGUACUUGCCUGUAUGCUUCACCUGAACAAUUGCAAGGUUCUCAGUAUGACUUCAAGUCAGAUAUGUAUAGCUUGGGUGUCGUCCUGCUUGAACUCUUCCAGCCAUUUGGUACAGAAAUGGAAAGAACUGACGUUUUGAUGGGCUUAAGGAAUGGCCACAUCCCUCUCUCCUUUAGCAGGAAGUGGCCCAAACAGACCAAAUAUGUUAAGCUGCUGACCAGUAAGGUAUCUUCAUACAGACCAACGGCCAGUCAGCUACUUGAAAGUGAACUCUUCCACAAUACAGCAAAUGUUAUUUGCCAUCUUCAGCAGAAAGUGAUGCAGCAAGAGGAAGAAAUCAAGUCACUCAGAGAGAGAGUUAAUCUUCUCUUACAAGAAAAAGUUGAGAGAGAGAGAAUCAAGCAACUUGGCUCUCCUGUUUAAAUCAUGUGAACAUGUAUCUAAAAUAUGUACAGUGUUAUGCAAGAUGUGUGUGGGUUUUUUUAAAUAAAAUGACUCCCCAAAGCA